AUGCGCACGAUUCUGUGGCUCGUAUGCGCUGCGGCGUGUGCAGCAGCACUUACAGAGGAAGAGGCGGUGCAACUGCCUCAAAUCGAAUUAGAGGAGCACAUUUUGCGCACAUAUAGCACACAGGAAGCCGCGUACGAUGAAGCACUUUCUCGACUUCGGCUGCUUGUAGCGGCGCCAAAUGAAAAGAACACGCCGCGUUUCAUCCAAUGGGCCGUGAAUGGGCUUGCCUCGCUGGUGACAGGGCAGUCCAUCACCGGGAUUUCUCCACGCGAUGUGUCGAGCCGUGCGCCGCGCCCGCCGUAUACAAACUACGAGACGCCCGAUUCGCCACUAUGGCCAGAUUGGGACUGUGAUUUCGACAAGGCACAGCGCGCUGUCCAAUGGGGCCACCAGCCGAUCCUGAAUGGCUGGGAACAGGCGAUGUGGGGCCCAUUUUCCCCCACACUGCAAGAUCCAGUACCCCCAGCCUGGGCGUCAAUGCUGCAUGCACACGAUGGCAUACAACGAAAAACGGUACUUCUUGACUACAUGGUGAAGCUGGCGCCUUAUUUUGGAAAAAGUCGGCAUACAGAGCAAAAGAACGACUCGCUGCGUGCACAGCGACACUAUGCCGUGCAGCUGCUCACAUGGGCCGCGUUCGGCACUCUGACGCCCGCGGAUAGCCCCGAUGCAGACGCCGUAAUGGAGGCUACUUUUGCGAGCGCGGCAAAAGCGCCACUCUCAACACUUCCCACAUACCCCGAUGCACUUUGGGUGCUUGGCGAGCAUACCUUUUGGGGCACCCACGGCACACAGCCUGACAUCCCCGCGGCAAUCCGCGCCUUUUCCUUUCUUGCUGCGCAUGGAAACGCAAGCGCGCAUAGUCGCCUCGGUUUUCUCUACGCCUCUCCCCUGCUGCAGCGCGAAGGCAACGAGCAGCAAGCCAAGGCACUCAUGCAUACCGUGUUUGCGGCGCAGGAACACGACUGGCACUCGCAAAUGGCCAUUGCAUUCCGUUUCCAGCACGGCCUCGGCGUUCCUGCAGACUGCCACGAAUCCCUGCUGUGGUACGAGCAUGCAGCCAAAUACGUACACGAUACGUACGAAGCAGGACCGCCUGGUGGCCGCACGCUGCCCUACAGCAAGCUCCGCCUGAGCGACCGCGCCGAGCUGGAGCAGUCGACGGUCAAGCUCGGCCUUGCGUCUGGAAUGCACAAUCCUCUGCUUUAUCUGCGAAUCUCCCAGCCAGCAGUACUGCGGCUCAUGGAGCAGGAGCCGCGUGUGCUUAAAGACUGGCAGGCGCUACAAAGGGUGCUUGAAGUGUACGAACACCAAGGUGGUCCGAUACGGGCAUCGCGUGGCGGAUUCCUUGCGCUUGUUUUGUACCGCGGCAGCAUUGUAGGCGAGAGCGAAGUGCUUGGAGCGCUUCCCCGCAAUGCUGCACAGGCAUUUCAGUUUGCCAAACAGGCCGCGGAGCUGCGCUGGCCGACGCGCCCCACGCUUGCCUCUUUUGAGCAGUCUGCAUUUCAGCCCAACGGCGAGCGCACACCUGCGUACGUCGAAAACACGCAGCUUGACAAGCUCGAUAUCAAGUAUGCGGCACGCGCGGCUGGGCUGCUGGGCUUUAUGUACCUUCGCGGCGACGGUGUGCCCCAAGAUUAUACCCUCGCAAAAAUCUGGCUCACUCGUGCAGCGCUGGACAAAAAUCCAAAAGGGCGCUACGGACUUGCGCUCCUUUACCUCUUCGGCCCCCCAUCGUUGCAGGACGAGCAGCGCGGGCUCAGGCUGCUUGAAACAGUGCGCGAUCUUGCACCGGAGGCGGCGCUCCUUCUUGCCAAGGCAGCGUACCGCGAAAAGAACUCUAAACGUACUCUGGAGCUUGUAGACCAGGUACUGAGCGGAGAGAUGCCCAAGUCUAACGACGCGGCUGUGCUGGAGCAUGGGCUCGAGGCGAUGUACCUGCGCGGCGUGGUACGUGCAGACAAGGCCUAUGCAGCGAAAGCGUCGCAGGAGCAUUGUCCGCUCGCGCUCGCAGACAUGAAAUGGGUUGCCGAGCGUGGCGACUGGGCUGAUCCGGCGUAUCAUCGUGCCGAGGCAGCGUAUGCGCGCGGAGAUACUCGCACAGCACUUCUUGCGUGGUCGCUCGCGGCCGAUGCUGGGUUUGAAGAGGCACAGGACAAUAUCGCAUUUGUUGUAAACCCACUGCGUGCCUGGCUGCGUCCAUUGCCGUACAGCGAUAUGGAUCGCAUCAGCAUGGCGUACUGGGCUGCGAGCGCGCUCCAAGGAAGUCCGUACGCCUAUGUGAAACUGUGCGAUGCAUUCCGUAGGAAUCGCAACGACAGACAGGCCGCCGCUUGCUACCUGGCAUUGUCGGACUCGGACAAGCUCACUAUCUCUCCGCGCUGGCAUCUCGCGCAGAUGUACGAGACGGGAAAUGGCGUCCAGCGGCGCGACUUUCCGCUGGCCAAGCGGUACUACGACAUGGUCGCGGAGCUUACACCCACGACGGCUGUGCUUACGACCCUGCCGGCGCUGAUACGCCUACAUUUGCGUGCUCUGUGGGCACUUUUACACGGAGACGAUACGGCGAAGCGCCUCUUUUCAGCCUACUUUUUCUCGAGUGCGCAGCGGCGCGCGCCCCAAGAUGCUAAACGCGACGAGACACAGCUUGAUACUGUGCUCGAGGUGGGCAUCUUUGUAUUUGCAAGUAUUUCCCUCCUGGCGCUCUAUCACAUCCGCUCUGUGAUCCGGCGCCGCAUGCAGGAUGCCCAGGCGCAGCUCGCCUCGUUUCGCGCCGCUCAAUAG